GCACCGGAGCACUUUCUCGACUGCACUGAAGCGGAAACAAGGAGCUAAGGGAGUGUACUGCAGGCUACGCACAUCCGGGGGCCGACCCCGGGGCGGUUUCCUCGUGCCGGUGUGUAGCCCGGGUUAGCGUGCAUUUCCUCUAUCAGGGUGACAACAACAUCUGAGAAACAGAAUACUAGAGAACCAGAGCCCGUGGCUGGUCCUUCUGCACCUGGCCCAGCCUAGGGACCACUCCCAGCACCUCUCUCAGUGACUGGUAUCACAAGGGAGACUCAGGAACUUGCAAACAUUUCUCCAAGACAUGAAGCUUUGGGGGCGAAGACUUUGGACCCUUCUAUCUGGUCCCAGGGGAAGGAUGGGAGUCUCCCAGGGUUGGGCCUUCAACUCAUGGAAGCUUCAUUCAUCUCUGACUGGACUGUUGAGUGCCACAGGGGUGGUCAGCCAGUGGACACAGGUCUUUGAGGAAAGAGGUAUCCCAGAGGCCCGGGAAUCCAGUGAGUACAUCGUGGCUCAUGUCCUUGGAGCCAAAACAUUUCAGAGCCUGAAACCAGAACUUUGGACCAAGCCACUGACCCCUGAACAACUGCAGUGCAUCCAGGAACUGUGUAGCCAUCGAUUACAGAGGAUGCCAGUGCAGUAUAUCCUUGGGGAGUGGGACUUUCAGGGGCUCAGUCUGAAGAUGGUACCCCCAGUGUUUAUUCCACGGCCAGAGACGGAAGAACUGGUUGAAUGGGUUUUAGGGGAAGUGGCCCAGCGGCCCCCUGCAGUGGGAGCCCGAGGUGGUCCCCUCAUUCUGGAGGUAGGCUGUGGAUCAGGAGCCAUUGCCCUCAGCCUACUGAGUCAGCUCCCUGAGGGAGCUAGGAGAGGGUUCCUAGACAGGCAACUCCCAGGACUCCACCUCUCUUCCUUUGUUCUUGGGCAGAGUCAGGUCAUUGCUGUGGAUAAGGAAGAAGCUGCUGUCAGUCUGACCCGUGAGAAUGCUCAGAGGCUUCAGUUGCAGGACAGGAUUCGGAUCAUUCCCCUUGAUGUAACCUCAGAAGGGUGCUGGACACACCUUGUGCCCUGGGGCCCUGUGGACUUGGUGGUCAGUAAUCCUCCCUACAUCUUCCACAAGGACAUGGAGCAGCUGGCCCCAGAGAUCUGCAGUUAUGAGGACCCGGUGGCCCUGGAUGGUGGUGAGGAAGGCAUGGACAUCAUCUCCCGCAUCUUGACCUUGGCACCCCGGCUCUUGAGUGCCUCUGGAAGCAUCUUCUUAGAAGUGGACCCAAGGCACCCAGAGCUUGUCAAGAGCUGGCUUCAGAGCCGGCCAGACCUGCACCUUAGUCUUGUGGCUGUACGUAAAGACUUCUGUGGGAGGCUCCGGUUCCUGCAUGUCCAGAAGUUUGCACCAUAGUGUGGAUACUAUGUGAACAGCUGGCCAGGAUUCUAGCCUGCUGGGUGCCUGGCUGGUCCUGAUGGAAUACUGCUCAGAGGGAGGUGUUAAUGCUUUCCAGAACCCCAGGCAUGGCCCAUGAUUCUGGGAUUCCCCACGAUGGAUGCUUCUAGGAGACUUGGAGACAAGGGUGGAGUGUUCUUCCUGGGGGAGCAGAGAACAGAUUCAAGAGCUGUGUGUCCAGCCUAGCUCUUUCCCCUCGGUAAGCAUGCUGCUUGGUGUUCCUGUCGCUGGAAUUGCUGUGAAGAUGUUGGGAAAUGUGGCCAGUAAAGUAUUGAGAGAGCAAUAAAUGGUAAACCAGUA